AUGGCUGUCACCACCAAAGCAACGAUUGCCUCCUUCGGUGGAAAACUCCUCAAACUGAGCCAUGUCACCUCGUCCACAAAAUGCGAGAUGAACUUCAAUCUCUAUCUCCCGCCACAGUCCUGGCAGCAGCCCUCGCAGAAAGUUCCCGUGCUCGUGUACCUGUCGGGGCUGACCUGUACGGCUGACAACUGCUCCGAGAAGGGGUUCUUCCAACACGGGGCCAGCAAAAAGGGGAUCGCGGUGCUAUAUCCGGAUACGAGUCCCCGAGGCCUGGAUAUUCCUGGCGAGAAUGAUUCCUGGGACUUCGGGACAGGUGCGGGGUUCUACGUGGACGCAACCAAGACACCUUACCACGACGGAUAUAACAUGUAUACUUAUGUUACGGAGGAGUUGCCCAACACUGUCUUUGCGGCAUUUCCUCAGCUGGAUUCCAGCCGCGUCAGCAUUACGGGUCAUAGUAUGGGUGGCCAUGGAGCUCUUACUUUGUUCUUGCGUAACCCUGGAAAAUACAAGUCCGUCUCAGCGUUUGCUCCCAUUUCCAAUCCGAUUAACUGCCCAUGGGGUCAGAAGGCGUUUGGAGGAUACUUUGGUGAUGAUCAGCAGAAGUGGAAGGAGCACGAUGCUACCGAGCUGGUGAAGAAAUGGAAGGGUCCGUUGGAUGUGUUGAUUGAUGUGGGCACUGGCGACAACUUCUACAAGCAGGGUCAGCUCCUGCCCGAGAACUUUGAAAAAGCAGCCAAAGAGGCGGGCGUCGAGGGCGUUAGGGUGCGCUACCAGCCGGACUAUGACCAUAGCUACUAUACUAUCGCUACAUUCUCGGAUGAGCAUAUCGAGCAUGCGGCAAAAUACCUGUUUGCAUAG